AUGCCAAGCGCCAGUACCAGUCUGAGCCCAGUGUCGCCUGGCGAGCUCCUCGCAAUCGAAGACUCGCUUGGGGACUCGCAUUUCCUCCGUCAGCUUGACGGCGAGACAUCUAGGGUUCUGAUAGACCAGUUUGCCCGCCAUGUGGUGGCGUGCACCACAGACCGGACGAGUACAGACGGCCCUGAAGAGACAUCCGGUGAACUCCCUCCACCAGAUUUGAACACGCACGCCAUCCGUCUCGGACUGGCUUCGUUGGCUGCUUUCUUGCAGGCCAACGUCACCGGGCCCGUCCUUGAGAGUCCAGAAGCCGCCGAGCGAAUCUUCGUCUCUUCUUUCAGUCAAGCAGAUCCUUCACAUGUCGGUGGGCAAAGGACGUUAGAGGCAUGCAGAGUGCUGUGCCAGAGAUCCCUUGACACCGACGGCGUCUCUACGUAUUCAUAUAUCCCCCACAUCGAGCUUUUCUGUCUAGCACGCUUCAUCUUCACUUCGGGUCGCAUACUGCCCAUUGACACCUUUCAAUCUCUCGCAUCACAGCUUUCGUGGACUCGCCUGAGGAUCCAUCUUUGGCAUUACAAGCUUCUCACGCAACCUUCCCUGGGCCCUGGCUCACUUUUCACCAAAAGUGGUCGGUGGACCGACGUUGUCACCCUCCAGGAACUCAUUGAGCAGAGCCUCAAAGAUGCGGAAUCGGCCGUCUUUAGAACAAGCCACGCGGAGUCGGGCCUGGAAGAGCCCCCGUGGCCACAAGAAUCACGCGUCCAGUUCCGCUUAGAACAAGCGAAUUGUCAUAUACUACUGGGGAAUGACACCAAGGCUAAGCAAGCCUUACAAGCAGCUACACAGACCAGCGACUUCGUGUAUGCUCUCUCGGGUGCCCUAGGCAAGCGGACAAGAUUCCAGGAAACCAACAUUAGCCAGCUCGUCGUUCUUGCCAAAAGUCUACACCUAGCUCAAGGGCCGGACGGCGACAAGGACAGGAUCAAGGCGACUCCAGUGGCACUGUCGUUGAACGACGACACAUUGUUGGAAAACAUCAAGUUCAAUGGUGAUGAGGCGGCUGGCCAGCCCUCAUCGGUCCAAGCUGAGCUACAGGAUAUCACGCCUGAUAAUCAACCCGAACUACGACCAGAAGAUCAGAUCAUCCUUCUUACCGAGGCCACACUCAAAGAUACCUUCCUACCCGUUGAUUCCCUGACGUCGGAGGAAAUCCUUCCCUUUGCCGUGCGAGUCAUCGAGGACAAGGCGGCAAACUGGCAGGUCUACACCCAGGCGUUACUGGUACGGUCGCGGAUUGAGAUGAACCGGAGUCGGACGGUCGAGCGAGGGGUCUUGCAGAUGCAGGCCCUCGUUGACCAGGUUCUUGUCAACACGCAAGAGUCAGCAGCCUCUGUGGAACAAUCUGAAUCAAAACCAGACCCCAACAUUCCGGUAAUCCAAGUAACCUCUGAGGGUCAACCAGAUAAGAUGAACAAACCGACAUCCUUCCUACCAGCUCCUAAGCCAUCCGAGUCGGCAUCUCCAAAAGAACGGCUGCGAUACGUCAAUGCUCUUGCCUCGCCCCCUCGUUGGCAUCUUGAAUCGGAGCUCGCCUAUGCCUGGUCUUCCGUUGGUUCCCUCGUCUCUGCUUUGGAAAUCUUCAAGCGCCUACGCCUCUGGCCGGAGGUUGCUCUCUGUCUAGCUAGCACAGCUGCCACGGAUGAUGCAGAUGGCAGGGGCGCUGGAGGUGAGGAAAAAGCCCGUGCCGUGGUAAGGUGGAGGCUGUUCCAUCGGACUCCUAGUACAGGUGAUGAUGAAGGCGAUGUGAACAAUGGUGACGUUGAAGAAGACGAUAUCGAUAUCUCAUCGUUAAAGCCCUCCGACUUCUACGGCCCAGAACAUUCACCGCCACCACCCAAUGCGCCUCGACUAUUCUGCCUAUUGGGGGACAUGGAGAACGAUGCCCAACACUACAAGCGUGCGUGGGAUGUAUCCAACCGACGCUUCGCGAGGGCACAAAGGUCACUGGGCGAGCUCUAUCUGCAGAGAAAAGAGUGGAACGAGGCAAGAGAAGCAUACACGCUGUCAGUCGCUAUCAACAGAAUGAGUCCUGAGUUGUGGGGUCGGCUAGGUGAUAUCGAGCUUCGUCUCGGCCAUUUCCCGGAUGCGGCCGAGGCUUUCCAGAGAGGCUUGUCGACGGCGAAUGAUACUUCAGGCGGCGAGAAUGCUAGAACAUGGAGCAACCUCGGAACUGCUCUCCUUAGCUGGUACCGCGAGAUUGUCGAGGAGAGCAAAGCACGGAAGGAAAGGCUGAAGAACGACGAGGAUGAUUCAGCCAAUGUAGACGAUAUGCCCAGCACCAAGCGAGCCGCCGAGUUGGGAAGAUCUGCACCACAGCUGCUGCGGGACUCGCUGAUUGCUUUCAAGCGCGGUGCCACGAUCGCGGAUUCGAACUGGAGGAUAUGGGACAACGUGGUGACGCUCGCCGCGAGCCUCUCGACACCCGAUAUCGAUGAUAUUGUGCUUGGGUUACGGAGCAUUAUUCGGAUACGCAAGGCGGAAGAUGCGCUGGAUCUCGACAUCCUGGCGCUCUUGGUCCGUGAGGCGACGAAGACACCCAUAUCUGGUGAUGACGCCGGCCUGGAUGGGGUCUAUGAACCCGCGAGGGGGACGGCGGCGCAUAGAAUCAUCGCGAUUUUCGAGGAUGAUAUCGUACCCCUGAUCACGUCGAACUCGGCGUGCUGGGCGCUGGUGUCCCGACUUCGUGCUUGGAGACGAGACUGGGCCGGGGCACUAGAUGCAGCCGAAAAGGGGUGGAGAGCGGCGAUCGGCGGAGUGGGUAGCUCCUUAUCCGCUUCCAGCGCCGGCGGCGAACAGGGGAACUGGCUGACGGACGUAGAGGAGUGGGAUACGGUCGUGCAGAGGACCUCGGAGCUCGUCGCGGCCUAUGAGAACUACGGGUCACGGCUCGAGAGCGUCGGGACCAGAUGGAAGGGCAAGGCGAGGAGCGCGAUCCGCAGCGUCCUGGGGAAGGCUAAGGAGUCCUGGGAGGAGGACGAGCGGUGGGAUACUUUGCAGGGUAUGAUGCAGGACCUGAAAUGA